UGCAGCAUCUCUCUACUAAAGCUCUGUUUCAGAAACAGUUCAGAGCUUCAGAACAAGAGAUAGAAGAAGCACAGAGACAGAGAAUCACCAUGGAUGAGUUCAGAGGGAUUCAAACGGCUUUAUUUCUGAUGCUGCUGCUUCAGUUUACAGGAGCAGCAACCAGACAGAGUUUCCUCUCCCUCGCUGUCAGAGAUGGAGAUGAAAUCACUUUGCCUUGUAACAGUGUGAGAGAUGAUCAGAAUAACUGUGACAGAACUAGAUGGAUCUACACUGAUUCAAGCAGCAGAACAGCAGAUCUGGUUAGAGAUGGACAGAUUGAUAAACAGGCUGAAGAUAAAUCAGACAGACGUGUCACAGAGAACUGUUCUCUGGUUAUAAAGAAGCUCACAGAGAAGGAUGAUGGUCGUUAUGACUGCAGACAGAUCAGAUCAGGACAACGACUAAGUCCAGAUGCUGUGGUUUAUCUGUCUUUUGUUACCAUGACUGAACAGAAGAACUCUGAUGAGGUGACGUUAAACUGCUCUGUGUCAAUAUUAUAUAGACGAUGUAAACACACAGUGAAGUGGCUGUUUCAAGGUCUAGAUGUGGAAAAAGACAACGGAGAUCUAAAGACAUCACAGUCUCUCUGCUCAGCCUCUGUGACCUUCAGGACGUCUCAUUACAAUCAAACAUCAAGCUAUCAGUCAUUGAAGUGUAAUGUGACUGAUAGGGUCACUGGAACACCUCAGCUGUUUCCCUUCAGACUCUCAGGUGAGGAGACAACAACAGAAUCACCAACAACAACAUGUGGAAACUGCACAGAAGCAGGUAACAGCACCUAACACGAUAUCACACCACAGCGUGUAAUAGACCCACCUGUCCACCAGAGGACAGCGUGUAAUAGACCCA